AUGUCUUGUUUGGCUCUCUCAUCCUCCAAUAUUCCGCCAUGGAAGCACCUUGAGAAACCCUAACUAAAUCCACUCUAGCGUUCUUUUUUUUUUUAAAAAAAAAGUUAACUGCAAAAUGGGUUCUCUUGUGCCUUUCCAAGACCUCAAUCUCUUCCCAGAACCACCGCAAAUCGCCACAUCCUCCGCCGUGAACACCUCCACCUUCACCACCAGCCCCAACAGCAUCACUGGCAAAACCACCUUUAAUUUCUUAACUCCCAAGCUUGAACCUAAACAAGAGCCUUUCGACGAGCCAAUACCUACAAAGACCAUUCACCAACAAGAAAACUUCCUCUUCUCCGAUUCCAAUUCUACCCCUGAUUUCAUUCCUAAACCCGAAACUACCCCUCCAUCCAACGUCUCAUCUUCCACCGAUGACCAAAACGCCCUUUACUGCGAAUACUUCCGUAUCUCGGAGCUCUUCCGCUCUGCUUUCGCCGAAAGGAUACAAAAAUACGGUGACGUCGAAGUACUGGACCCGGAUUCUAGGGCCAUCGUACCCGUACCUGAACAAUCUCAACUAACCUCCGAAACCAGCCCAACUGACAGCUCCCACCCCCAACAAGCUUUGUCUGUCGUCGUUUCACGUAAGAAGGCCGGAAGAUCCAAUGAGCUGGUUCGGGUUACAAAUUUAGGAAUCGAAGACCAGCUGCAUUUCCGGGACCUUGUCCGAAGAACCCGAUUGAUGUACGAUGCCCUCCGCAUUUUAGUCGUUUCGGAGGAAGAGAAGAGAACCGGAGCUGGACAUGGUCGACGGGCUCGUGGCGAUUUGAGGGCGGCUGCAGUCAUGAGGGACCGGGAACUGUGGUUAAAUCGUGAUAAACGAAUAGUGGGUGCACUCCCGGGUAUUGAAAUUGGUGACGUCUUCUUCUUCAGAAUGGAGCUUUGUGUUGUGGGUUUACAUGGACAAAUUCAAGCAGGGAUUGAUACCUUGCCUGCGAGCCAAAGCUCCAGCGGAGAGCCAAUCGCCAUCAGCAUUAUUAUUUCUGGUGGGUAUGAGGACGAUGAAGAUUCCGGCCUCUCGGUAAUCUAUACCGGUCAAGGUGGACAAGAUAAAUUUGGAAAGCAAUGUAUGCAUCAGAAGCUUGAAGGAGGGAAUUUGGCAUUAGAAAGGAGUAUGCAUUACGGGAUUGAGGUAAGAGUGAUUAGAGGGCUUAAAUACGAGAAUAAAGUUUCGUCUAAAGUUUAUGUUUAUGAUGGUUUAUAUAAGAUUCUUGAUUGCUGGUUUGACGUGGGGAAGUCAGGUUUCGGGGUUUAUAAGUUUAGGCUGUCGAGAAUUGAGGGACAACCUGAGAUGGGUAGUUCAAUAAUGAGGUUUGCUGAGAGUCUUCGAACUAGGCCAUUGUCCGCUAGGCCAACGGGGUAUUUGACUCUUGAUAUUUCCAUGAAAAAAGAGCGUGUUCCUAUCUUUCUUUAUAAUGAUAUUGAUAGUGAUCAUGAUCCUAUGUAUUAUGAUUACCUUGUGAACACUGUUUUUCCUCUCAAUGCAUUUGGUCAACGGAGUAAUGGUACUGGAUGUGACUGUGUUUCGGGGUGCACGGAAGGGUGUUUCUGUGCUAUGAAGAAUGGAGGUGAUUUUGCGUAUGAUUACAGUGGGAUUCUCUUGAGAGGGAAACCGGUGAUAUUUGAAUGUGGGAAUUUCUGUCAGUGCCCACCAACUUGUCGGAACCGUGUAUCACAGCAUGGGUUGAGAAAUAGGAUGGAAAUAUUUAGGUCAAGAGAAACAGGUUGGGGAGUGAGGUCCUUGGAAUUGAUACAAGCAGGUGCUUUUAUAUGUGAAUAUACAGGAGUUGUUCUCACAAGGGACCAAGCAGAAGUUUUCAAGAUGAAUGGUGAUACAUUGAUUUAUCCUAAUCGCUUUUCGGAACGUUGGGCAGAAUGGGGGAAUUUGUCUAGGAUAUUUCCAGAAUAUGUGUGUCCAUCAUAUCCCUCAAUUCCUCCUAUAGAUUUUGCAAUGGAUGUAUCGAGGAUGAGGAAUGUUGCUUGUUAUAUUAGCCAUAGUUCCGGUCCUAAUGUGCUGGUGCAGUGUGUGUUGUAUGAUCACAACAACUUGAUGUUCCCUCACCUUAUGCUUUUUGCAAUGGAGAAUAUCCCUCCUUUGAGAGAGCUUAGCAUAGAUUAUGGUGUAGCUGAUGAAUGGACUGGGAAGCUCUCUAUCUGUAACUAAAUAUCUAAGAGAUUUUUUGGAUUUUGAUGUGGUGCAGUGGGGCAAUGAGACGUGAUUUACUGAGGUGGGGGGAUCAGACAAUGCAUCUAAAACUGUUUGUUGUAGCCGUGUUAUCAUUGUAAGUACGUUCAUUAUGUCUAGUGAUUCACUUAAGUGAAUUUCUGCUGGUGCCGAUUGAACAAAGCAUCUAGAACAGCUUUUUUCCUCUUCAUCUGAUUCCUUAAACAUUUUGUACCUCACCACUUUCUCUGAAUGUUGUUACAAUGGUAUCAGAUAAGAUUUUGCCUUGCUGCUAUCAUGGUUUUACCUAUUCUGUUCGCAUUAGGUCGGUCCCUGUUGAUGGUUAUAAAAUA